UAUGUUAAUUCGUUCACAGCUGAUCACUUGAGAAACACCUGGGUCGAAGCCGUGAACGAAAACAAGCAUCAGAAGUGAAUAGUGAAAAAGUGGGAAGUGGUCGCGGUGACGCGCGCUUACUGGGGGGCGGGUCUACUGUAGAUGGAACAUGGGCCUGCUAUAUUUACUGUGAUACAUCGUUUCUCCUCCGAGUCAACCCGCAACGCUCUCGGAUGUAACCUACACACGGAACAGAAGCAAAAAACAACAUAGCUCACAACUCCAGUGAGACUAUAGUUGCUCACCGUUGCCGUGUGCCCCUUUGGGCAGUGAUUUUUUUUGCUGACGUACAGAGGAUGCUCGGGUAUUUCAAACUCACACCUGGAAAAAGGAAAAAGUAGUCUUUUUUUUGGGUUUACAUCCGAAGUAGAGCCUGUUUGAAGGCAUACAUUGACAUCGCAGGAAUCCUCUGAUCGGAUAUGCGAAUUCUGCACACUACAUUGACUUGAUCGGUUGGACCACCUGUGACACUGGGGAGAACCUUAUAGUUCACUCUAAGCUCAUCAUCACACACGUGUUUUUGUUUUCUUUCGUUUUACAACCGGAAGGACAUUUCUGGGGCAUCGUGUAUGACACAAAAACUAUUUUGAAGUUUACGGCAGACUGCAAUUUUUAUUUCGUUUUUGCACGCCUGCAUUUGAUAUCGUUGAUCUUUGCAAGAACAAGUGCACCAAGGGACACUUGCAUCACUGCAGGUUAACUGAUAACCACAGCAUCAAUAAACCUAAUCACGUUGGCGAGAACGUGUGCCGCACGUGUCUCCGCGUAUCUAGACAGGUCAGCGUGGUCCGCCUUGCUGCUCUGAUCUGAUCUGAGAGCAGUUCAGCAGACGAAGGCGUGCAGGGGGACAAAAGCUUGCCGUCAAGUGCCGUGUCGAAACACCAACCCGGGUGAAGCCAACGACCGAAACGCACGACCAUGACGGACGGCCCGAGGCAACGGGGCAGCGCGUCCGGCUCCAGCGGGGAUGCUGCUGCACCUGGAGCCGCGAAAGAUGGAGGCGGUGGAGUGGCCCUGAAGAAGGAGAUCGGACUGGUUAGCGCCUGUGGCAUCAUUGUCGGUAACAUCAUCGGCUCGGGCAUCUUCGUGAGCCCCAAGGGCGUGAUGGAGAACGCCAGCUCGGUGGGGCUGGCCCUGAUCGUGUGGAUCGUCACCGGGGUCAUCACCGCCAUCGGAGCGCUAUGCUACGCCGAGUUGGGCGUCACCAUCCCCAAGUCGGGCGGAGACUACGCCUACGUCAAGGACAUCUUCGGGGGUCUGGCUGGGUUCCUGCGGUUGUGGAUCGCCGUGCUGGUCAUCUACCCCACCAACCAGGCGGUCAUCGCCCUCACCUUCUCCAACUACGUCCUGCAGCCCCUCUUCCCACCUGCUUCCCCCCCCGAGAACGGACUGCGCCUGCUGGCCGGCGUCUGCCUCUUGCUGCUCACCUGGGUGAACUGCUACAGUGUGCGCUGGGCCACCAGGGUGCAGGACAUGUUCACGGCCGGCAAGCUGCUGGCACUGGCCCUCAUCAUCAUCAUGGGCAUCGUGCAGAUCUGCAAGGGAGAGUACUACUGGCUGGAGCCGGCCAACGCCUUCGAGCCCUUCCAGGAGUACGACGUGGGCCUGAUCGCCCUGGCCUUCCUGCAGGGCUCCUUCGCCUACGGGGGCUGGAACUUCCUCAACUACGUGACGGAGGAGCUGGUGGACCCCUACGUGAACCUGCCCCGCGCCAUCUUCAUCUCCAUCCCCCUGGUGACGUUCGUGUACGUCUUCGCAAACAUCGCCUACGUGACGGCCAUGAGCCCCCAGGAGCUGCUGGCGUCCAACGCCGUUGCUGUGACGUUUGGGGAGAAGCUGCUGGGCGUCAUGUCGUGGAUCAUGCCCAUCUCCGUGGCUCUGUCCACCUUCGGCGGCGUCAACGGCUCCCUCUUCACCUCCUCACGUUUGUUCUUCGCCGGCGCCAGGGAAGGUCACCUCCCCCGCCUGUUGGCCAUGAUCCACGUCAAGCGUUACCCGAUCCCAGCCCUGCUUUUCACGGUAUUCUUCUCACCUUAUUGAUGCUUGUGCACCAGUGAUAUGUACACCCUCAUCAACUAUGUUGGCUUCAUCAACUACCUCUUCUAUGGAGUCACCGUUGCCGGGCAGAUCGUCCUGCGCAUCAGGCAGCCCGACCUCCAUAGGCCCCUCCAGAUCAGUCUGGUGUGGCCCGUCAUCUACCUGCUGUUCUGCUUCCUGCUCAUCUUCUCCCUCUACUCUGAGCCCGUGGUGUGUGGCAUCGGCCUGGCCAUCAUGCUGACCGGCGUGCCUGUCUACUUCCUGGGGGUCUACUGGGACAACAAGCCUCAGUGCUUCGACGCCUUUAUAGGCAAGAUGACGUAUGUGGGCCAGAAGUUCUGCAUGGUGGUCUACCCGGCCGAGACCAGCUCUGAAGAGGGGGACGAGAUGAAGGAUGUCAGCUCUCCUCUGGCUAAGGACGACGGAGAAACGCCGAAGUCUGCGGACUGCUAAAACUACAGAAAAUGUACCUCUUCAGCUCCAGACCCCAUCUCCAACUGCCCCCUCCUCCUAUAGACACUGGCAAACACGUGGGAACGCACUGGAUGCGUGCGUACACUCACACACCCACACAGACACACACACAGACCCAUAUAGAUCUGCUCUGAGUAUGACUGGUAGUGGAUGCAAGCUGUUAACAUACCUGCAGUUUGAAAACGUAACUUAACAGUUUAUGCGCUCAUUCAGUUCAAUGUUGGGCUAUUUUGGCUCAGAUUUUUCUGUUUUUAAGUCUUAACCCUUGUGAGAUACUUCACUGUUUGUGCCAUGUCAUACUGCAAAGGAUCAUGGGUAGGUCUGUCUGCAUUUUUCUAAAUUUUUACUCCAUCAAGUGUCAAUGAAGUUUGUAAGAGCAGCUUGCCUCUCAGUUUACCACCCCAUCCACACACUCCCUUACACUCCUUAAGUAUGAGCUGAAUUUUUUCUAAAAAAACUUUAUCCAGCUGUACCAGAAUGGACAACAUCAGUGGUUUUUUUCUUCUUCUGUAUUCUAACCACAUUGUAAAUUCAUUUAUUCAAAAUACCAAAGCUGGUUUGUGAUUCUCAAGACAUUAGAUUCUGAUCGAGUAAUUUCAACUUCAUGUACACUAAAUGCUUUUUGGUAUUUUUGUUGUCUUAAAACAUGACUGAUUUUUGAUUUUUUUCUUUCUUUUUCGUAUUGGUAAUUGUUCAAAUUCUGUAUAUUGCUUGUUAUUUUUAUUGUAUUAUUAUUUUUGUUGAAUGCUAAUUUUGCUUAGGAUAUUUUUUCUAUUCAUCAUCAAUACUUGUUUUGUUCAUUUUCGUAUUAAUAAGGUUCCUAAAACCUUUUCUCCCAACUAAACUGUGUACCCGAAUGUCAUCGCAACAUUAUUAUUUCUGAUGUCGAGAAGCCAAUCAUACUGUGUUUUUAAAGAUAUUUUUAUUUCAAGGAAAAACAACUAAACCGUGUUUUUAUUUGUACCUCGCCUUGCUUUGGGUAUGUUUGAUUCUUAGCAAAUGGACACUAAAGAUGUCAUAAACUCAAUUAAACAGAACAACUCGGGCUUCAAGGAAA